AUGGAGCCAACGUUGAUGGCGAUGCAGACGCUGUGCGAACGCUCGUGGGAGCUGCGGCCGCUGUGCGAGACGCUACUUGGUCGACUCGUGGCCAUCUGUGGAUACACUGACCACUUCCGACAGCAAGAACCGGCGUCGACGGACAAUAACUCGGCAGAAGAGUGGCCGAAACAGGUUGAUGCGGUUCUCUCGCGCUUCACGCUUCUACUAGAGAGUCUUGCAGCUACGGAGAGCGCUGUGUUCCGCCUGGCAGUCGCUCCGUCUCCUGUCCGCGAACUGCGCUCGCUUCACGUUUGGCUGGAUGCCUCGUUUCGCAGUUUACAUGCCGAGCAUGUGGAUCCGAGUGCGUGUUGGGCUCAGGAAUGGGAGGAACAGUUGGAGUGUGUAGAGCAAGCGCUGCAGCUCGCUGCUCGGGCGCAGGUGGACGCAGCUGCUGAAAGUACAGCCAACGAGCAGCUCGAGAUGAUCGCGGUGGUAAAAUUCGCCUUUAAGCAGGUGCAGGACGUGACCAGACGGUCGAAGAAGAAGAGAUUAAGUCGCAGCAGCGGUGAAACAGCGAACGAGGUGCAGAAGGAAGCCGGCACAGAGCUCUUCCCAGACCAUGAGGAGUCAUUACGUGUGCUGUUUCGUAGGUUGGUACGUGUCUGUGGUGUCCAGGUGCCUGUACUACCCUCUUGGUUCCUAUCACCCGCUGAAGUAGCACAGAACUCCAGCACUUGUUUCCGUGGAGGUCCGCAAUGCCAGAUCACGAGUGCGAGUUGGCUGCGUAGUCGUGGCCAACGUAAAAGUGGCGUGCAGCAACUUCUCCUCAAGCAGCUAGUGCCUGGAAGUGGAGCUGGAUCCGAGGCGGCUCUGGCUCAAGCUGUGGAGGCUGUACAGCGUGAGACUGAAUUGCUACGUGAUGUCGUUUGUCAUCCGCACGUGUUGCAGCUAGCAGGAGCGUCGACCUUCGGAUCCCACCCGUUCCUGGCAUUCGUGAGUCCUUGGGCAGCUCCGGAGCCUGGAUCGGCUACUGUGACGUCGCUUGAGGACUAUUUAAACCUGUCUGUGGACCACCGACGUCAAUUAUUCCGUCUACUUGCUCAGGCUGCUACUGGACUGCAGAGCUUGCAUGAAGCUUCGUUAAUCCACGGUGACUUGUGCUGCGCAAACAUUCUGGUUGGAGAUGAUGGCCAAGCCAGACUCGCGAACUUGCGGUCCUUUUCUCUGUCUCGAUGCCUGUCAAAAGAAGAGGUUAACUCAACACCCACACAUUUUUCUGGAUCGCUGAGAUGGCAAGCACCGGAGUUGCUGAAAGACGACCCGAAAGCUGACUUGGCCUCAGAUAUUUAUGCGUUUGGAAUGACACUAUUGGAGGCUCUGUCAGAAGAAUUACCGUGGGGUUUCAUGGCUGAUGAGGAGGUCCGUGAACGAGUCUUGGCGGGCAAGAUGCCCUCACCUCCUGUGGGAGUGGAAGAGAAUGUGUGGUCUCUAGUCGAAGCCAUGUGCGACUCCGACCAAGCCGCGAGACCAGAUAUUAACACGGUUGUCGAGGAACUGCAGGCUUUGGCCGAAGAAGAACGCGAGCGCGACGGAGAUGACAAGAACUUUGAAGAUGAUACAACCCGUCCAUUGCCCCUACAUCGAGUCUCCAGUGCCGACUAUCUCAACCGAGUCGCAGCUUCUCCCUUCGUCACUCCAGUGAAGACUGCGCUGAACGUACCGGAGCUCGUCCGUCGACAGAGUAGCCCUACCGGCCACCCUCCAGUGAAUCAACCCACAGCCAUUGGAAUCCCCGUGCGCGAUUUACCAGUAUCGCCGAUGCAUGUCAAGCCUGAAUCGCCUACUGCUACGGUAGCUGUCGUAGAGCUUCGACAGAAAUGGUUAGGAGUGAAGAUCAACUCGAUCGGUAAUCGCGUGGUAGUGAGCAAGUUUCUACGCGCUGAAUCUGGAGCAGCCGGUGAGAUUGAGGCCUCUGGUCGAGUGGAGCGUGGUGAUAUCAUCGUAGCUAUCAACGGUCAGAGCGUCUGCGGCCUUGAUCGUCUUCAGAUCGGCGCUAUCGUUCAGAGUUCCCCUCGACCUCUUGAAGUUUCCUUCAAGCGUGAUCCACAGCUACUUACAGACUCGUUCCGAUUCCGCGGACUUCCCAUGGACCCUCGUUGGCGAGACCGUGGCUCAGCUGUGCCUUUGCCUGGAUCGUUGAGUAACAUGCUGACCACCAGCAGAGAUGAAGGCAAUUUUGACAAUGAAACUAGGAAGGCAACUGACCCCUUCUCCAUUGAGAUGUGGUUCUCACUAGCUGAACAUGGCGACACAUUCCUAGGCGGUAUAUUGCUUGGAGCUCAGGACCUGCCAUUCCAGGAGACAAGCGACGCUAGUGGAUGGCCCUAUGUCCACCACCAGCUCUUAUCUAUCGACCCCAUGGGCAACCUCUGGUGCUCAUUCCUUAGCCAUCCUACUCCGAUCUGUGUGGCCCGUGAACUCUCGCCAAACCACUGGUACCAUCUCGUGGUGACGUACGGCGGCGAUGCCGAUUCAGACUGCACCAACUUCUCCAGGACCGACCAGCCGGAGCAAUUACUGACCGUGUAUCUGAACGGGGAGCAGCGAGUCUCGGACACUGGUCCGCUGCUUGCAGACUGGGAGAAACUGCGUCACGUCAAUGUCGGCUCCGGCUGCAUCAGUGGCCUGGCACCUGCCAAGCCAGAGCCGCAUUUCUCCGGUUGGUUCGGCUUCAGUGGCUUGGUCUUCGACUUGCGCGUGUGGAGACGCAAAGAGCUCACGAGUGCCCAAGUGCAGCUCCUAUUCCGAGGCAGCAGCGACUUCGUUGACGAUGCCAACUAUUCUAUUCGACGCGAUCUGCUUGGAGAGGCAACCGACCAGACUACAGACAAGACCCGAAGGAAGCGCUCGAGCUCUGCUCGCGCUGCCAAGUUGCCAGGCCCGCCAUUCGCCGAACUCGUGCACACGACGUGGCCUCGCCAGGUCAGCGCCCAAGUCUACAGCUAA